AUGGCUCUCCUCUCUGCUCUCACUCCAGCGCUGGCAGCUCUACUCUGUGUGGUUAUAGGCUUUCUGUUUGUUAAAUCAAAAGGCUCAGGAGUCAAGUCACAGGCAAAGAACAAAGAUUUCAGACCAUGGGUGGACCAGGACUUACAGGAUAAUAGCAAUGUUCUCGAAAAGGAUGACGAUGAUGCAGAGGAUUAUAAUGAGGAAGAGGACAUUCCCCAUGUGCCAUACUCACCCCCGCGGUACCCUGAGGAGACAAUGGCGAUGAGGUCUCAGGAUUUCUUGUCGCUCAUGUCCCAGCGGAGGAGUGUGCGCUUCAUCAGCCCCGAGCCUGUUCCAAGAGAAGUCAUUGAUAACGUCAUUCACACAGCAGGCACAGCCCCAAGCGGAGCCCACACAGAGCCUUGGACGUUUGUGGUGGUGUCCGACCCAGAGACCAAACACCAGAUCCGGCUCAUUGUGGAAGAGGAGGAGGAAGUGAACUACAGAAAGAGAAUGGGCGACAAGUGGGUGCAAGAUUUGGCGAGAUUAAAGACAAACUGGAUUAAGGAGUAUUUGGAUGUGGCUCCAUAUCUGAUCCUCAUCUUUAAACAAACCUAUGGGAUUCUACCUAAUGGGAAGAAAAAGACACACUACUAUAACGAAAUCAGCGUUUGCAUUUCCUGUGGGAUACUGUUGGCUGCAUUACAGAACGUGGGACUCGUAACUGUCACAUCAACCCCUCUGAACUGUGGGCCCCAGCUCCGCCUGCUCCUCAAACGGCCGGCCAAUGAGAAGCUGUUGAUGCUUCUACCCGUGGGAUACCCAGCGUCAGAUGCCACUGUGCCUGAUUUGAAACGCAAACCUUUAGACAAUAUCAGGGUGCAUAUUUAG